AUGGUCUCCUUGUCUUCCGCGAACCAAGUUAACUUGAUCUGGAGCAUGAUUAGCCAUGUUGCCUUUGACCUUUGUUAUCGUGCUCACAAGGUUCCUAGUAAAGCUAUCUACGCCCACACAGAUGGGUUGGUUGAUUACGCCAUCGUAAAUGACCUCCCGGUAGGCUCCGUGGCGGAGCGGAAUUUGCUCAAACUCUACAAACAGGAUUCUUAG